UUAACGCGUUGGCGGUCCGGCAAGUGCGAAGUUUACGGUCAAAUAUCGAUGACACAAACUGCAAAAAUAAUGACAAACUCAAGUGGUUCCAGUGAAAAGGUGUCAAGUAAACAAUAAACAAAUCGACUGGACAAACAAUUAAAAGCGGAAACGUCGCAACCAAAGUUAAGAUUCCAGCUUUUUAUUGCGCAGGGCUUAAGUGAAAAUAAAGUAAUAAUGCCAAUGCUGCCAACAAUUGAGGAGGAGGCCAAGUUAUCCUGGCUUCGCCUCAUGUGGAAAUACCGCCUGCAGUUUCAAUCCAUGGCAUCGGCCUCGAUUGUGUUUGUGGGCUGUGGAAUGCGUUUGGCCUGGUCAAUUUUUGAUACACCCGCCGGAAAGUUUCUUAAUAACACCAAUACACACAAUCUGAUGAUGAGCUGGUUUAUUGGAGCUGCUUUGGGUGCCCUUUUGGCAGCCCUUUUUGUCCAAAGAGUCACCAAAAACGUGGCAUAUACCUCCAGUGGCCUUCUGAUGAUCAUAGCCGGCGUUUUAAACAUAGUUCUUCCCCAACAUUUUUUGGCCGCCUGUUACAGUAGUGUGAGUGUUGGGGCAGCCUAUGGGUUGACCCAAAUCCAGGCUCUGGUCACAGGAUCCGAGGUGGCGCACAAAUCCAUUCGAGGAAUGCUCCUCUGUUGCGAGAAGAUUUUCCUGUGGCUGGGAGUCUGCGUACAAGUAUUCUACACGCGAGUUUGGCGGAACUUGAGACCGUUUGAUUUCCAGGGAAAUGAAAUGCACAUUGAUCAGUUGCAUGGUAUAGCAUUGGCUGGAUUGGGAUUAGGAGCUGUUAUCCUGGCACUAGCUCAUCGCUUGGAAUCUCCUUUACUGCUUUUGCAUCAGGAAAGGGAAAUGGCAGUGGGUGAAACACUGAAAGCUCUUCAUGGACAAUCCACCACGGAAUUGGUGAGACUGAGAGAAGACUGCAGACAAUUGCAUAACGCCAGAGAUUGGGAGAGAUUUGUGGAGGAACCCGAAGAAUCUGUGGCUGUUUGGCGAAUCUGGGCUCGACGUAUCCUGCCAUUUUUGAAGGUCCUGCUGCUGCGAUGCUUUGCCACGUUGGCCGUAUCCUUGAGCUUCAAUCGAGCCUUUGUGGUGGUGAGUUGGCAUGGCCUAGAAUGCGAUAUGAGUUGCAUGUACUGGCUGGCAUUCGCAGGACUUGCAGGCAGUGUCAUUGGAGCCUUCAUUGUGGAUUGGCAGGGUCGCAGGAAACUCUGCUCCAUUUCCCUUUUCCUGGCGGGAAUUGUGAUUGCGAUGGUCGGCGGAGUUUUCGAGCAUCUGGAAUCCGUGAGCAAAAGCUUCUACGAUAUAAAUCUCCUGGCCAUUUCGCUUCUGAUGCUCCUAUUUGAGGUGAUAGUGGCGGGGGGCGUGGCAAUACCCGCCUUAAUCUACACAGCCGAGGCUUUCAGUAUCGCCCACAAAGCCAGAUGUUUAGCAGGGAUCCUGAUAAUGGAGCAAUUGCUUCAUUUGGGCUUACUUUUGGCCACCUUCGAGCACUACAUCACCGUUUCGGUGUUCUUCUUCACGAUCGGUGGUCUUAGCUUUAUAGUCGGUUUGGGCGUAUUUAUGAUCAUGCCAGAAACCAGGCAACUGACACUCUACGAGUGCCUGCUUAAGUUCAAGAAGGUUCCUUAAGGCCUCGCCGUAUCUUUAAGUGCUAAGUAUCUGUUAUCUGUUAUCUGUGCCUAUCUGUUAUCUAUUUUUACGCUCCCUACUUUACGCUCUAUAUAUUGUAUUCAUACGAACGAUUGCCCGUGUGCAUAUCAUUAUCUAUCAUAUACGUUCUGCAAACGAUUUCUGCCGUUCUGGUAACCUCAUAAAAUUAGCUUUUGUCUAUAUCUUUAUCCAGGAAUUAGCUUGUGAGAUUGAAGUGCAGAUAAUGAUUUAAUAUUGCUUAAAUGUCUUAGUUAUAUAAGAACCUAUUUAAUAAUAUUCUUCCAAAAUAUUGAUAGUUAGGUACUUACAACUUAUUUAUUUUACGCAAAAAUAGCUUUAAGGACCACGAAUUUCUGCAUUUGAAUAAAAUACAUACGAAAAGCAAAAAAACAUUAUUUGUGGAGUUAAGAAAUAUAAUAUUGGAUAUAAUAUUUUUUGUUAGAAUAUUUGUAAAAUUAAUAGUAAACAUAAAUGAAUCAAGUCAAACGUUUAUUUGCUUAAUAAAUAUAAAUAAUGUGUCUCUUAUUCAAACGAAAUACAAAUAAGGUAAAAUAAUAUUUUUAAACAUUUCGUAAAUAUUUUGUUGCAUUGUGACAAACUAAGACCAAAACCCUUAACAUAAAAUGUUUAAUGUAAAAUGUAUAAAUUAAAUGUACUUUUCUUUA